AUGAAAAUCUUCAAGGUAUUGAGGGUACUCAAAAGGGUCGUGGCCUCUGCUCCUUUUGCCUUUUUUUCUUUCGUUGCAAAGAGCCAAAAACCAGAGGUGUCGGGUCGAGAAAGAGCUGUACCAUCGGGCAGAUGCGGCUGCGGCUGUGGUUGCUGUUACUUGCGCUUGCUGCUUGCUGUGGGGGAGAGAACGGGUGGUUCAGGUACGGAAAGUGCGCGGGCACCUCACCUUCCAAUUCUCAGCAUCCGACGGGGCAGGCAGGUGGGCAGUGUUGGCGACCCCCUUCCCUCUUUUGCCUUCGUGCCUUCCAAGUUCCGUCUCUUCCCCUUGACUUCCAGUUCCUCGCUUCCAAGGUCCACACUGAUUAGAUCUGCGCUAGUCCCGACUGGGGAGUUUCCCCUGUGCCUUAGGCACGCGAGGCAAAUGCAGAAUCCGGCACCGGAGUGCAGGGAGAUGACGUCGCCACGUGAGGGCAAGUCGAAUUUGCAACCACAGCGAAAUUGA